AUGCUCGACCCAGAGGACACAUGCAUGAAGUGGCUGGACACCAAGCCGCUGAGCUUCGUCGCCUACUUCUCCUUCGGCAGCUUUGCGUCCCUCGGCACCGCCCAGAUGGAGGAGCUCACCCGCGGCCUCCACGCUGCCGGCAAGCCGUUCCUGUGGGUGGUCAGGGCCACCGAGGAGGCACAGCUGCCCCGCCACCUCCUGGAUGCAGCGAUGGCGUCGGGCGACACGCUCGUCGUGCGGUGGAGCCCCUGCGCCACGGGAUGCUUCGUCACGGGGAUGACGGCGUUUCUCCACGGCGAGAUCGAGCAGUGCGUGCGCACCGUCAUGGAUAGGAAGGAGUAG